AUAAUUCUCAGUUCCCUUACCUGUUUUGAGUCAACUCUAUCCAUCAUGAAAGUCUUCAUUGCCAUUUGCUGUUUUGUGGUUGUAUUUGGCCAGGAACCACCACCAUGUGAAUCCCCAAAACAAUGGGAAGGUCGACGUGUAGCGUAUGACAGGUCAAAAAUGUUUGAAGAAAGAUCAAAGGUCAGCUACGAUGAAACCAACGAGAGAGUGAGGAUAAUAGAAGAAAUAGAAAUUGGUCAGGACAAAGACUACUACGAUGUUUUAUACCUUCAUAACAUUGGAAAAGAAUACAGAUUAAAUUUUAAAACGCGCCAAUGUAAUGUUACACAACUGACAAGACCAUUCCGACCAUUCGGAGUACCUCCAGAUGCAGAGUUUGAAGGAUCUGCAACUCUUGGGGUCUCAGGUCUACCCGGAGAAUUUAUUACCAUAGAAAAUUUUGCAGGUUAUUUGCAACGUGAAGGCGCACGAUACUUUGGUUUUGUUACAUCACCUGACUGUUACCCUGUUCAAACCAACUUCGUUAGCAACGACACCGGUUUAGUUACCAUGUCAUUCUAUGAUAUCAACGUUGGAAUCACAGAUCCAAAUAUCUUUAUUCCACCUCCAGAAUGCUUUAAAUAAAGUAAAAUAAGAUUAUUAGAAAAGAAACAAAAGCAAAAAAAACCAGUAAAAGUGUAAAAAAAAACUAACAAUUUGCAUACCUCAUUCUAGCAUAUGUGGCAUAGUUUGCAUUACAUUAUAAAUAAAAGUAGAUAUAUACUCAUAAGAUUACCUUAAGUGUGCAAAUACUGUAAAUUGUAAUUAUGAACAAACAUCAACACCAAUAAAGCAGACGGUCAGUUUUUUAAUAAAGGUGGACUUGAUAUUUAAUCUUUA